AUGGCAUCUGUUAGAAAGCGCAAGAUGGCGCGUUCAUCGGUUCGGAAGGUGACGAGGAGGAACAGAGAUAAGCAAAGGAAAGUAAAUAUUGCGUGCAAUCCAAUCAUCGAGAAGAACUGGGACUAUAAUCUAACGCUAGCCCAGAACUACAAACGUCUUGGACUGACGGCUAAGCUGGCACCACGCGCUGGCGGUGAGGAGAUUGAUUUAUCGAAAGUUAUUCAGAAAUCGGUACCGAUCUGUUCUGCUUUUGAGGAUUACGACAGUGAGUCCGACGUUGAGCAGGAAAAGCGCAAUAACGAUGAUGCGCUGGAAGAUGGAGAGUAUGACCCUGCGAAAAUACCCGAAGGAGAAGCGCGUAUACAGCGCGAUGAGAACGGUGAUGUAGUGAAGGUGGUAUACGGCACAAUGAAGACAGUAGACGUUGACGAAGACAUUUCUGAGCUGAAACAGAAACUGGAGCAAGAUAAAGUGAAGACGGAGGUUGUUCAGGAACUGGAGUCAUAUGCUUCAAGACCUGUUAACAGGCGGGUGCGGUACCAGAGCAGCAGAGAAGAAGAGUGGCUUGGCAGGCUGUAUGAGAAGCAUGGAGAGGACUACAACAGCAUGGCAAGAGACCUGAAGCUGAACAUUUACCAACAAUCGGUAGGUGACCUCAAACGGAGAAUGAAGAAGUGGCUCAAGGCCCACCAUAUUGACGAGAGGCAGUGA